UAUUUCAGUUCAGUAUCAGCUCUUAAGCUGUGCAAUUUCUACAGUCGGAUGACGUGUUAUCAGCCAACACACUUCCUGUGUGAAAAGCUGUCAAUCUAAGCAUACACGUAUAUAUAUACAUACAGACGCACACAAAUGUGAAUCGAUACAUCCAGUGUGUUUCACUGGCAUAGGUUGAGCAUCACCUUCAGCAUGAAGCUCUUCUUCGUUGUCCUUCUCGGUGCCGGCGUCACCAUGGUUUCCGCCGUGGAGGGUUGCCUUAGCGACCAGGACCUGGAGCACCGAUUGCGGCUCAGCUGCACGGCGGUUGGUUUCAGCACCGUUCCCGCAGGUCUCCAACCUACGACCGAGGUUCUCUUGUUUCCCAGCAACCAGUUCUCCAGCCUGUCCUGGGAGUCCUUCCAGAUCUUUAGCAAGCUGCACGAGCUGGACCUGACGGCCAACCAGGUGGGUCAGGUGACGCCGAGGGCCGAGCCGCUUCUGCCUCACCUCAGCGUCCUCCGACUUGAACGCAACCGCCUCACGUCUCUGCCAGACAGGGCCUUCUCCGCCUGCCCUGCCCUAACAAAACUCUACCUAGGCAACAACACCAUCGAGUCUCUGAGCGACGACACGUUCGCCGGACUCAGCAAGUUGGAGAUCCUAGACCUGUCGUACAAUCGCAUCAGGGUUCUUCCGCCUCUCUUGCUCCGCCCCCUGGUUGCGAUAGAAACGCUCUACCUGGAAAGCAACCAGAUCAGCGAACUCUCAGACAAUUGGUUCAGCCCGAAGGAGGAAGUGCCCUACCUGUACCUCUCUGCCAACCCGUGGGCGUGUUUCUGCGAGCUGAUGUACCUACACACAUACAUAAAUGACUUCUUCUUCAACUUCUACGUGCGCGACAGCAAGACCAUCACCAGAGACCCCAAGAGUGUGGUGUGCCAUUCGCCUCAGCGGUCCAAAGGUCGAGCCAUCAUUGACUUGAACCUGGACGACUUGUGUCUGCCUACCACACUGCUACAGAUCACCCCCACCCCCCUGCAACUCAAAUCCAAUCUCAGGGUGACUGAGCGGCAGAAACAAAGUAAAGGCGGUGGAAGCGACGACAUCUGGCAACUGACCACUUCCGGUGCAUCUGACCGCUUUCCCACCACCACGACUGCAUCACAUCCUACAACUUCAACUCCACUUCCUGCCACUCUCUCAGUUGCAACGCCUGCAAGCUCUGAGGUCCCGGACAAGCGUGACGGUGCACCCCUCUGCCACGUGCCUGGUGCCGGUGUGUUUUGUGUGUGGUGGUUGGCUAGCAACAUGUGUUUGUGUGUGGUGAUGGCAGCAAGUACCGUCGUGACUCUGGUGAAACUGGUGGUCUGGUACAGGGGGGCAUCAGCCAUGCAAACACAAAAGGCACCAAAAAAAGAAGCAUUGCAGGGGAGUCUGGGGGGGAUCCCCCGGGCCCACGCAAAUAAUUUUUUUGAUUUUAACAUAAAUUAAGCAAUCCGGAAGACUCUGAAGAGUACAAUGAGGCAAAAUACACUAUUUUCUUCAAGCAGAAAAACAUGUGUUCACACCGCUCAAGUACAUGUUGAUGUACAAAUUUAAGAUUAAAAUUAAAUUUGCCUCA